AUGGCACUGAUGGUGGUCAAAGGGCCACCAUCAGUGUAUGAGUGUGUGGAGGUUGUUGGUCGAUGUCAACGUGACCUUAAAGCGUCUUUGAAGAAGGAGUUUGAAUGUGUCUCUGAAGGCGUUGCUAAAGCUGGAAAGGAAACCUUUCUGGAUGAGAUCUACACAGAGCUCUACAUCACAAAGGGAAAGACUACAAAGGUCAACGAUGAACAUGAGUUGCUUCAACACGUCUUUUAUUCUUUAUUCAGACUGAGGAACUGCAAGUUGUCAGAGAUCAGCUAUGCUUCUCUGGUCUCAGCUCUGAAGUCCAACCCCUCCCAUCUGUCAGAACUGGACCUGAGCUUCAACAUCAACCUGGAAGAUGGUGGAGUGAAGCAGCUCUGUGGUUUUCUCCAGUCUCCCCUCUACAAAGUACAGACAUUGAGAUUGAAUUACUGCUGUAUAUCAGAGAUCAGCUGUGCUUCUCUGGGCUCUGCUCUGAAGUCCAACCCCUCCCAUCUGACAGAACUGGACCUGAGCAGUAACAACGACCUGAAAGAUGGUGGAGUGAAGCAGCUCUGUGGUUUUCUCCAGUCUCCCCUCUGCAAACUACAGACAUUGAGGUUGAGGAGCUGCGGUUUGUCAAAGAUCAGCUGUGCUUCUCUGGUCUCAGCUCUGAAGUCAAACCCCUCCCAUCUGACUGAAAUGGACCUGAGGGACAACAACCUGAAGGAGUCAGAUGUUCAGCAGCUGCAGGAUCUUGUAGAGAGUCCAGACUACAAACUGCAGAAUCUGUAA